CUGCGCCCUCUUUAAAAAGCAGCUCCGCCGAAUCCGAGAUUUCAGUAAUAGUUUAGCCCUAGAAGCACAGAGAACCGCCAUGAAGAACUCCCACGCGAACGUCGAUUACGAGUCCUAUUGCUACGAGGACAUUACGAAAACGUGGCUAAACCAAACGGAAGGAUAUACGGACUGCAGUUAUGUGUAUGGCCACAGUGCGGCUUCUGCCUACGUGGAUUACAAUAAAUUAGAAACUAAUUGGUGCAACGAGGCGAACGAUCAAUGGUUACAAAACGAGGAGGCGGCUGGUCAAGAAGUUCCAAGACAAACGACCAAGGUCCGAGCAAGCAGCUCGAAUCGCAAGGAACGCACAGCCUUUUCAAAAACGCAGCUCACGCAGCUGGAAGCCGAGUUCUGCUAUUCCAACUACCUGACCCGCUUGCGUCGCUACGAGAUCGCAGUGGCACUGGAGUUGACCGAACGCCAGGUGAAGGUGUGGUUCCAAAACCGACGCAUGAAGUGCAAGCGCAUCAAACUGGAGGAACAGCAAGGCAGCGCGGCCAAAACGCCAUUUUAG